UUUUUUUGGGGUUCAUAACAGAGAUUAGAACCAAAUAUGAUACGUUGGCAAGAUGCUUACAAGGUGGUGGAAGCCAUGUUUCCCCUCUAUGUUGCCCUAAUAUUAGGUUAUGGCUCUGUGAAAUGGUGGAAGAUUUUCACACCCGAACAAUGUGGUGCUAUAAACCGCUUAGUUUGUUUCUUUACUCUCCCAAUUUUUACCUUCGAAUUCACGGCGCAUGUCGAUCCUUUCUUGUGGAACUUGCCCUUCAUUGGUGCCGACGUCAUUUCGAAGGUGAUCAUCGUGAUUGUUCUUGCGUUUUGGGCAAAGUGCAGCCCCAAAGGAAGCUAUUGUUGGUCCAUAACGAGCUUCUCUUUGUGUACUUUGACCAAUUCUCUUGUCGUUGGCGUGCCUUUGAUGAAGGCCAUGUACGGUCCAAUGGCCGUCGAUCUUGUCGUUCAGUCGUCGGUCGUUCAGGCCAUCAUAUGGCUAACUAUUCUCUUGUUCGUAUUGGAGUUUAGACGGACCGGUUUAGGAGUUACUUCUAACGCAAGUAAUGGUGAUCAGGGAAAGGAUUUGGAAGAAGACGUCGUGAAUAGUAGUGAUAGGCCGUCGUUCUGGUCGUUGAUGAAGGUUGUGUGGCUGAAACUUGCCAUGAAUCCCAACUCUUAUGCGGUUUAUAUUGGAAUCAUUUGGGCUCUGAUCGCCAACAGGUGGCAUUUAGAGAUGCCGAGCAUACUUGAGGGUUCUAUUUUGAUCAUGUCGAAAGCUGGGACAGGCACUGCCAUGUUUAGCAUGGGUGUUUUUAUGGCGAUGCAAGAAAAGACGAUUGCAUGUGGCGCGCGGCUAACAGUGUUUGGGAUGGUUUUGAGGUUUAUCGCGGGACCCGCAGCUAUGGCUAUUGGGGCCAUAGCCGCUGGUUUGCAUGGUGAUGUUCUGCGCGUAGCUAUCAUUCAGGCUGCCUUGCCACAGUCCAUCACAUCCUUCAUUUUUGCUAAAGAAUAUGGAUUGCAUGCCGAAGUACUCAGCACUGCGGUUAUCUUUGGCAUGCUGGUGUCACUUCCAGUGUUGAUCGCUUAUUAUAUUUUAUUGGAUUUUAUACAUUAACCCUUUUACAUGUUUAUAAUUAAUUGAGAGAAAGCACCUCUUUCAGUUUCAAUAUUUUUACCUCGAAACUAUGUUGGAU